UCUUUAAAUUUCCAAUAUAAACCUUCUAAAAUUCACAUUAAUAGAAUUAAUCUGAUUCUAAAGUUGAGCUAAUCAGAUGAACACAAAGCUUGGUAAAUUCGAGUAUAUUGUUAAUUAACUGCCUAUGCUGACUUUGUACUUUUUCUUAAACUUCUCCGUUAGAAACUGAAACAUCUCAACACCUUUAAUCUUCUCAUAUGGAUAUUGCAUUUUGUCUCCCUGAAAUUUUGUUCCACCUCUCUGGAUCUCACGUGCCACAAAGGAAAAAAGUCUGUAUUAUCAUUUCACACAAGAGAUUUGUAACAUUUUUUGGUAUUAUUUCCAAUCUUCUCAACACAGUUUUACAAAUUAUUGAGUUUCUUUAACAGUCUGAAAUAGAGACUCGAGCUGAAUUUGGACAUCAAAGACUUCCUAAAAAGUUAAGACUUUCUCAAAACAAGGCACAAUUAGGUACUGAUUAACUGCUGAUGAAAUAACUUGAGAGACUUGAGUCCUGUUCCCUUACUAGAAAUUGGCUUGAAGUCAGCUAUUUAUGCAAAGGCACUUAAAAACAAACAAACAAACAAACCAAAUCCAAACUCUCCAGUCCUGAGUGCCCAAUUUUAGCUCCUUUCAGCAUGAUUUUUCUGUGCCUCUGAAACUGAACUAAAAUCAACACAAGCUGAGAUGCUUCAUUGGUUCUUAAAAAUUUGGACUUUUUGAAACAAGCAAAAUUAAAUCAAACUUUGAAAAACAUAAUCUAAACUUUUGGGGCCUAACUCUCCUUGACAACUUGACAUCAAACAGGCAUGACAGUAUUAUAGCUAAACUGCUUUGUAUUUAUUGCAAGUAGUAUUCGGCACAAAAACUACAUGGAAGAAGAAAUCCUGGAGAUGCAAAAGAGAGCACUGGGAAGUUAGGACAUGCCAGCUGCAUGGUUUCACAGCACAUUGGGUGUAAUAUGACAGACUUUUUACCUAUAUGAGGCUUGUGGCAGGUACUGCACAGGAUGCAUAAUGGGAGGGUGACAGAACGACAUUGGUCCUCAGCCAGGAAAAAGACUGAUGCUUAUGUCAGUCAACAACAGCAAGUGAUGGGGCAGCCAGUGUGCCUAAAAAUCAGGUGCUUCCACAGAUACAGCCCAACAGACUCUCUGUCUUCCCCAAAGGGACCCUUUCCACUUCAGCUUUUUUCAGCUUUCCACUUCCAUCAAGUGAAGGAGACAUGCUUGACAAGGAGCGAAUCAAACAGCUACACAAUGUGAGGAUGCAGAAGGCCAAGUUUUGGAAAGGCAAUGGAUUACUCUGUUCUCACACAACAUUGUGCAAAUAAAUAUUUGUCAUGGUGUUCAUUAGGCAUUGCAGCUCCAAAGUAACUACCUGCUCCAGUGGAGGCUUUGAGCAGAUCAGAAAGUUCCUUUGUGAGCAAAGACAGGUCAUUUUGUACAUCUGCAGAGCUUGAGAAAACAGAGACUGAAGUUCUUUGGCAAUGCAGUGUACCCAGAAGGAAGCAGAAGACUAUACUCCCCCACAAAGUGCUGACAUGCCAACUAACAAUAAUGCAAUUAUAAAAAAAUCAGAGCCACUGUAAAUAUCUACGGAAAUUAUGUUGCAUGGAAAACAAGUUCGGUCUGGUCUCAACCAGCGGAAAACAAACUUCUACUAACAGAGAAGAAACAAAGUUUAAUUUGCUCAUGGAUCAGUGAAGUCCAAAAAUGUGCAUUCACUUUGGGUGGACUCUGCCCUUUCUCGGCGUUUAAGAUUCAGGAGUGAGGGACAGCAGAGCUUAAAGAGGAAGACGGCCCUCAAAAUUUGUAUCCACUCCUGGCUGUACCGACUGCUGCUCCAGUAAUAAGCAACCCAGAAGCUGCAAACAUACACAAAUAAGGUUAUUUUAAGAGGAGACAUGAACCUUGAAGAAUAUUUUGCAAGAACCGGGUAUAAAGGUUCCCUUGAAAAUCAAGAUCUGGAAACUCUAACAGAUAUAUUCCAGCACCACAUCCGUGCUGUUCCAUUUGAAAACCUCAGCAUCCAUUGUGGGGAGAAAAUUACUUUGGAGUUGGAGCACGUUUAUAACAAAAUCGUGCGGAGGAAGCGUGGUGGCUGGUGCAUGGAAAACAACCAGCUGCUAGGUUGGGUCCUGAAAUGCCUGGGGUACGACGCCAGCUUUCUGGGAGCGUACGUGUUCAACCCACACGAAAACGCAUAUGCCAACAUCAUGACCCAUCUCCUAGUGAAGGUAGUUAUUGAUGGGAAAAGCUACAUUGUUGAUGGAGGCUUUGGUGUAUCCUAUCAAAUGUGGCAGCCGAUGGAGCUUGUGUCAGGGAAAGACCAGCCCCAGGCGCCCGGUGUCUUUCGUUUCACAGAAAAAAAUGCCACCUGGUACCUUGAGAAAAUGAGACGGAAACAAUAUAUCCCCAAUCAAAAUUUCUCAAAUUCUGAUCUUCUAGAGAAAAAAGAGUGUCGGAAAGUGUAUAUGUUCAGUCUUGAACCACGGACAGUGGAAGAUUUCCGUUUCCAGUGUACGUACCUUCAGACAUCUCCAGAUUCCCUCUUUACGAAGAAGUCUAUCUGCACACUCCAAACCACCGAUGGCUUUCGAGCGCUCAUUGGGUGGACGCUCACGGAGACCACGUACAAUUACAAGGAGAACAUGGAUCUGGUGGAAUUUAUAACCCUUAAAGAUGAAGAGGUGGAGAAGACACUGAAAGAGAAGUUCAACAUCACGUUAGAGAGAAAACUUAUCCCAAUUAACGUCAAAGGAUUUUACACAAUCUAGACGACUGGAAAAACCUAUGAGAAUGCCACAUGUGCACCGUAUCUUCCAUGGUCUACGUAAUCACUACGGCGAGAUUAUGGGAUUCUCUUGCAGGCGACUGAAGGAAAAAUACAUUAAUACCAGAUUAAAGUGAAUUUCACUCUGGAGAAAGGAGAAAAUCAGGGAUUUAAGACUCGUCUGUCAGGUAGAUAGAAUUAUUUUCUGUGAGAUGACUGCAGUUCAAUUUUUGGCACAAAUGUAGGACUGAUUUGAAUCUGGUUAUAAACUUGGGUAAGAAAUAUGUCUGGGUAAUUUUGGAGUGCCUAUAGCACAUAAAUAGGAGUAAGGAUUAUUCAUUGUGAUAUGCUGCCAACACAUUUUCUAUGGUCAUUACAGGAAAAAAGUCAUCUGUGAGCUUUUAGACAAUGAAGUAUGCAUUUAAAACUUCAUUUUUCACAAGAUCUAACCACUCACUGCUCAUCUCAUUACCUUUAAUAUAGGUUGAACAAUAUUGCCAUCUUUGAAAGGAACAUUAGGAGGUGUAAUUCUUCCACCAUCAUCCUUAGGUGAAAAUAUAGUACAAAAUGAAAAUUAUCAUCAUGUGCAUCCCUUUUGUCGUUACGGCAGUAAACUGCCCAAGGUAAUUUUUGGUAUGUAGGUGUUUUUCAGUCGAUGCAAACUGUAUGUGUUGCAGCAUUAUUGUGGCUGAUGGAUUCUGAGGAUGUACCCAACACUCUUUGCUUCUUAUAAGUAAGCACCCUAUAAAGGGGUGAAUGGUGCUUAAAUGUCUCAACUACCUUAGAUUUAGUUCUAUCCCAAAUGGGGUAGAAAUGUAAUAUUUUUAGUAUUGCAAGGUCUUUGUAUAACAAAGGUGAAAGAACAAGAAAGCCCACCCCACUUUAGCCUUAAUUCUACCCUGCUACCUCUUUGUGUAGCAAAUAUGGGAGUCCAUAUGACUAUCGUAAAUGAUUAACACUUAGCACAAGAUCUUUAGUGUCACAAGUUAGUUUCUUCAUCUGUAUUGAAUUGAAAAAUAUAUAUCAUAGAACCAUAGAAUAUCCUGAGUUGGAAGGGACCCUUAAGGAUCAUCAAGUCCAACUCUUGACUUGAUAUAUAUCCAGGUGCCAACCAAAUCUAAAUGAACUCGUUCCUUUAAAAGUUAUUUUACAAUUGCAUUUCCACAUUAAAAAAAAAAGAAGUUGUUUUCCCCACCACGCUUUUCUGCAAAACCCCUGACCAAGUAAACCACUAAGAAAGGGGAAAUGCUCUCAAGUGCAUGAAAGAGUAGCAGCAAUACUGAAAAACACCCUUUCUCUACUUUUUCUCCCCCACCUAUGAUAAUAGUAUUGGUAAAACACUCAUUCCUUUCACUGAUGGUGUAUAUUUUUGCUCAAAGACAUUAUCUGAUCAAAAAUCUCACAAAUACUGUGUGUAUUUGAAAAUAAAGGAAAAUAAAAACAGAGUUGAUGUAAAUUGAGCCUCCCCCCAA